CUUGUAGCUUACGAGUAUCUCCCAGAUUUAAGAAACUGAAUAGUUUGUAAAUAUCGCUGGUGAUAUUUCGUGUCUACGGUUAAACGGCUUUCUGGAAUAAAUUAUUUUGUGUACUUUGUGUUACUAAAUAAUUCAUAUUAAUCUACAAGUCAUAACUAAAUCAGAUGACAAAUCUAUUAAUUACCUGAUAUUCCCUUAAGCAGGUUGCGGUCUUUAACUUGUACAUUUCGAACAUCUUUCUGUUUCGUACUCGUUUAUCCUGAUUUUUUAUUUUCAUUUUUACUCCUAUUGUGCCUUUAUUUUUAUGUAAUUUGAGUUGUGAUAUCUUGAAUCAAUUCAUCAAUCACCCAUUUAGUAUGUUGCUGAUUUUCAUGCAGGAUUGAAGGUACUAAUGAACUGUUCAAUCCGAAGUGACCAGAUUGCGAUGUGAAUAUAUGAUGUAGUAUUUGAGGGUUCUUUAACUUCUGGCAUACAGUAUUGAAUAUCUUUAGCCGUCUCCCAUGCUUUCAACUGGAUCUUCACUAUAUGAAAGCUUGUAGUGGUAAUGAAUAAGAGUACACAAAACCGACCUUUACUUGUCUUUUGCCAUUGUUCACCUCUUAGCCGUUGCCCAUAUUCCAGGUCUGUUUGUGUAUCGUCAACAGGAUGUUUUCAUUCAUUGCAUUUGGAUUUAUCACUAACAUAUGUGGAUGAUGAGUCGUAUGGAUGUUUUUCAAAUAAUACUAAUCAGGUUGACUUACUCUGCCGAAAUUCAAAAGUUGGUAGACAAUUGUUAUAUUGUUGUUCUCCAAAUGAUGGCGAUUUAUGCAAUCAGAACUCGAGUUUGCUAGAAUUAAUCAGUCCUAUGCGAAUGAAUCCUCAUGCUUUUACAUGGAAAUCUAUUUUGACAGCAGUAUUGUUCCCUACCUUUGCACUGUUUUGUGGGCUUCUAGCCAUCAUGCUUUUUUGGAAGUGCUUUUUGAAAAGACGAAUAGAAAACUACGAUCGCUACGUCAAUGAGCUUAGCUACAAACGUCCCAGCUUCACUACAGAUGUCUACAACUAUCUAGUAAAACUCAAUGAAGAACAGUUUUCGGAUCGUAAGUUAUCAGCUUAUGUCUCACCCAGAAUGGGAGAUAACCUUUCUUCAAAAAAUGUGCAUAAUCCUGAUCCUUCAUGUGAGCUUAUUAGCUGCACUAGUGGAAGCGGAAGCGGUCUUCCAUUUCUUGUUCAAAGAACUGUGGCACGUCAUAUUAGACUGACAAUGUGUAUAGGGAAAGGACGAUUUGGCGAAGUCUGGAAAGCUACAUGUCAAGGUGAAACAGUUGCUGUUAAAAUUUUUUCUAGUCGUGAUGAAGCCAGCUGGGCUCGUGAAACAGAAGUUUACAACACUGGGUUAUUGCGUCAUCCUAAUCUCCUGGCGUAUUAUGCUAGCGACAUGAUAUCACGAGGUGGAUGCACUCAGCUCUGGUUAAUUACAGCGUAUCACGCUAACGGAUCUUUACAUGACUUCAUCAGUCACAGAUCAUUAAAAAUACAGGAUGGUUUGCGUUUGGCCAGCUCCAUUGCGGCAGGUUUGGCGUUUUUGCAUACAGAAAUCAAAGGAUUACAUGCUAAGCCUUCAAUUGCACACCGUGAUCUCAAAUCUAAGAAUGUCCUUGUUAUGAAUAAUAUGACUGCAUGUAUAGCUGACUUGGGUCUUGCCCUUGUGAAUUUACAAAGUCUCCCAAUUGGACAAGCUUUUCUUAAUUUAUCUUCCUCAAUGCUAUCUAGUGGUGUUAUGUCUAGCGGUAUAACUCAAUCAGACAGAUUGUGCAGUGGACUUUCUGGCCCUUCUUCUUUAGGUCCUCCUCCUGCCGGACCUAGGGUUGGUACUAAACGUUACAUGGCACCUGAGUUACUUAUGGCCAUUGAUAUCACACACACAUCAUCUAACUGCGGAAACAAUACGUCAUGUAUAACUAAUGAAAGUAUUGACAGUCCAAACAGAAGUCACCAUUUACCAUUUGAAGUUUACCAAGCUGCAGAUAUCUAUGCGAUGGCCUUAGUGUUUUGGGAAUUAGCACGAUGUACUCAGGGAAUAACAUCUGAAUUUGUGGAAGGAUAUCAGAUACCAUUCUGCGACAUGGUCCCUCCUGAUCCAACCUUCUCACAGAUGAGGGAUAUUGUUUGUGGCAACAGUUUGACCAUAAGUGAUGAUCAACCAAACCAACUGAACAGGAAUAGCUCAAGUAUAAACAUUAAUAAAUCCCCCAAGACAAGUCCAGAUUACGACAAUGUUCAUUGUCGGCCUCGUAUCUACCAGCGUUGGUUGGAUGACACCUACCUAUCCUGCUAUGCACAGGUGAUACAAGAAUGUUGGCAUGAUGAUUGGUCUGUGCGCCUUUCUGCUCUUCGUGUUCGUAAACGUCUGGGACAGAUCGAAGAUGCAGUUAGGCAGUCAUUGGUCAGAAAAAGAGGCGAGAACAUUCCUUCUAAUGUAAAUGAGUUAUCAGUACUACUGACCGAGGAUCCAGAAACUUUGGCUUGAUUUUCACAUUUUCUGAUAUAUUCAAGCUUAUCUUUGAAAUUUGCAUUUAAUUUUAGUGUUGUAACUUCCUAAAUAUUUUCACUUAAUAAGUAAUUUAAUAAUUCAAA